AUGCUUAAAAAGGCCAUACAUGUCAAAUCAAUCGUAAAUAAUCUAACCCGAAUACGAACAUUAUUUAUUUAUACAACAACAACGAUUAUUAUUAUUUUAUUAUUAUUAACCGUGCAAACAACAACGGUAUUAUCCGAUCAUAUAAUGGAUUUUUCUGGAGCAUCUUAUACUCAUGUUGCUUAUGAAUCAUGGCGACCUUGUCUUAAUGGUUAUGUACGAUUUGAUAUACAAACAAAAUCAAUUGUAGGAACAUUAGCUUACAUUGAUGAUAAAGGAAAAUAUGAUUUUUUCUAUUUAAAAUUAGUUGAAGGUAAAUUACGUUUAUUAUUUAAUUUGGGAAGUGAAAGACAAGCAUUAAAUGUUGAAUAUAUAAUUAAUGAUAAUUAUUGGCAUACAAUUGAAAUACAACGAAAUGGACGUAUAACAACAUUAAUUGUAGAUAAUGGUAAAGUACAAAAUUCAACAAUAACAGAAAAAGAAGAUUUAUAUUUUGGUGGUUCAACAGCAAAUGAAUAUCAAUCAUCAUUAUUCUAUUUUGGAGGUAUACCAACAAUGUUAGAACGACAUAACUACGGGAAUUUAUCAUCAUAUGAUGUUUAUUUACAGCCAAGAUUUAAAGGAAAAAUGAGAAAUAUUGUAUAUAAAAAUUGUACAAAAAAAUUAGUUAAACCUGUUCAACAACAAAUGGAAGGUGUAUCAUUAAUUGAUGAUAAUAAUUGUAAUCAUUCAAAAUGUAAACAUGGUGUAUGUAUGAUAAAAGAUGAUAGUUAUUGGUGUUUAUGUGAUGAAACAUCGGAAGGUAUGACGUGUGAAGAUGAAAAAAAGUCAAGUGCUUUAACAUUUAAAGGUAAACAAUAUUUAUCGUAUCAAAUAAUGAAUUCAAUUGAAUCAUACGAUAAUGAAACAUUAAGUUUUAAAUUUAAAACAAAUAAACAAUAUGGUCUAAUAUUUUAUGCUAGUAAUGAUGGUGAUGAAAAUCAACGUUUUUUAAUAUGUUUUGAACGUGGUAAUCUUUUAAUUGAAUAUCGUUUAAAUUCUAAUGUAUCAUUGGAAUGGCGUCCAAUAUUAACAUCAACAGGAUUAACAAAUAGUUUAAUAACAUCGUUGACAAAUGGAGGAAAUGGUAAUGGAUUAAUGAGUACAUUAUUAUAUAAUUGGAAUAAUGGUGGUAUUAAUGGUGGUAGUAUUGCAUUAUCUGAUGAUAAAUGGCAUCUAUUACGCAUAACUCGUCGACAUACAAUAUUAGAUUUGACAUUGGAUGAUGAAUACCACGUUGUUACCACACAUGAUCAACCAUUACAAGGUCAAUUAAAAAUAAAACAAAUUUAUCUUGGUGGUACAACAGAUGAUAUACAUCGUUCAACAUGUAAUUAUAAAUUUCAAGGUUGUCUCAAAGAUGUUGUCUAUUCUAUUGGAAAUGAACGAUUAGAAUUAACUCAAACAUAUUUGGAUAAUGACUCAUCGAUGAAAAUAAAAACACAUGGUAAUAUUAUAAAAGCAGCAUGUGAAACAAUUAUGGAAUCAAUUACAUUUUUAACAUCAAAUUCAUAUUUAACAAUUGACUUAAUUAAUGAUACUAAAUGGAAUCAAAAUUAUGAUGAACAAAUUGAAUUAUCAUUUCGAACAACAGAAAAUUAUGGUAUUUUAUUUUAUGCAAUUGGAACUUCUAAAAAUGUUGAUCAAAGUUUUUUUGGUCUUGAUUUAUUUGAUGGAUUUUUAUAUUUAACAAUUAAUAUUGAAGGUAGACGUAAUACUUCAAAAAGAAAAGAAAUAACAAAUCGACGAUAUAAUGAUGGUAAUCAACAUCAUAUUCGAAUACAUAUCAGACGACAUACGGGUGGACUGGAUAUAUCAGUAUUCAUUGAUCAAGAGAGCGAAGAACGAUUUUCAACAGCUGGUAAACGCAACAAACUUCAUCUAAAUUUAUUAAUAAUUGGAGGUAUUGAUCCAUCUAUUCAAUUAAUGCCCAAUGAUUUUUGGUCCGGUGUAAUUAAUCGAGGUUUCAUCGGAUGUAUAUCCGAUUUUGAACUAACUGGUAUAGCUAUUAAUCUAACACAUUAUAUUUUAUUAAAAAAAUCAUCUGCUAGUGUUAAUCGUGGUUGUAUUGAAAAUUUGGGUUAUAAUUAUUGUCAACAAUCUUUAUGUUUAAAUGGUGGUGAAUGUCAAAUGAGUUGGAAUCGUUUCCAAUGUGAUUGUUCUAAAACAAGUUAUACAGGAUAUUAUUGUGAACAAGCGGCAUAUCAAUUAGAAAUAGAAAAGAGAACAAAUUUUGACAUUAAUACAGAAUUUAAAUGGACAGAUGAAAUCAAUGAUAUUACAUUUCGAUUAGAGACAAAUCAUGAUCAAGAAAAAUUUUUUUCCAUUCGUCCAUGUUCAAUAAUAUCAUUUAAUUGUACUGAAACAAUUGAUUUUUCUAUAAUUAAUGGUUUAUUAGAAAUUCAUUUAAUGUUAAAAUAUUAUAAUUAUAUAAAUAUAACAAAUAGUCAAUUUAUUCUUGAUC